UAUAUGAAUACGCAACAAAUUUAUGUCGUGCUUUCUAACCGUAGAAAUGUGCGCAGCUGUCAUUCCCGUUUCGUGUUUAUUUUUCUUAAAUUAGUUAAUUAAUUCGCUCGUAUGUAGCCGUUAUCAAUAAUGUAUACACUUAUGCAUGGUUUUUAUAAGUACAUGGUACAAAAAGACGAAUUUUGCGUGCUCAUCUUAGGCCUGGACAAUGCUGGCAAAACAACUUAUCUGGAAGCAGCCAAGACUAAACUCACAAAAAACUAUAAGGGAAUGCAUCCUAGCAAAAUCACGACGACUGUUGGUUUGAAUAUAGGCAAAAUUGAUGUGAAUGGAAUCAGAUUAAACUUUUGGGAUCUUGGUGGCCAAACAGAAUUACAAUCUUUAUGGGAUAAGUAUUAUGCUGAAUCACAUGGUAUUAUUUACAUUGUUGAUUCAAAUGACAGGGAAAGGAUAGAUGAAUCCAAAGAAACUUUUGAUAAAAUGAUAGCCAAUGAGAAUCUACAAGGUAUUCCUUUAUUAGUGUUAGCAAAUAAGCAAGAUAUACCUGAAUGUAUGGGUGUGCGAGAAGUGAAACCUAUUUUUAACAAAAAUGCUCAUUUGAUUGGUAAAAGAGAUUGUAUGGUGAUGCCUGUAUCAGCACUAACAGGAGAAGGCGUUGAUGAAGGCAUUAGAUGGUUAGUUGAUUGUGUAAAACGAAACGUCUUUCUGCGCCCACCAAAAAAUAACGAAAACUAAGUACACACAUAAAUAUUCAUAUAACAUAUACAAAAUUUAAAGAUUUUUAAAACUUUUAUAUAGUUUUAUAAGAAAAAAGUGUAUUUUUCCUUUAAAUACUUAAAAUUCCGCAAAUACUUAAAGAAAAUCAAUAUUUAUUUAUAUAAAAAUACAUUUAUACACACUGUAAACACACACUGCACUCUUCACAAUAUGUACAAUAUUUAAUUUCAAGUAAUUUGUAAAUAGAACAAACAUUUUAUUAA